AUGGAAACCGACCUCGUCGAUGUACCGCGAGACUACCUCUCCGGUCCCAUGAAAGAGGUGAUCGUAGGCGCAGCUGGAGGCAUCACCCAAGUGUUAAUCGGGGACCCUUCCUCCCCUCCUAGGAGUAGGAGCAUGCGUACGUCAGCCCUCCACCCUACGAUUCCGUCUCUCACAAGCCCACAGAUAAGCAUCGUGUACACCUCCUUCCACGGUUUCUCCACAGCCAUCCACUCCCUCACCCCAGACCGCCCAUCCCUAACACACCCGCAAACCUACCUAGCCGGCGGCCUCGCCGGCCUCAGCAACAGCGCAAUCUCCGGCCCGAUGGAGCACAUCCGGAUCCGUCUGCAAACACAGUCCGCGACAUCGUCGCAGCCGUACACGAGCGCACAAGACUGCAUCCGCCGCAUCGUCCAGCAGAGCGGGCUCGCUGGGCUCUACCGCGGCCACUCGGCCACCAUGCUGCGCGAAUUCCACAGCUACGGGGUCUGGUUUUCCGUGUUUGAGGUGCUGAUGGCGGCGACCAUGCGCGCCGAGGACAAACCGCGCGACCAGAUCGCUGGGUGGAAAAUUGCGGCGUGCGGCGCGCUGACGGGUGAGGUUCUCUGGACGGUGAACUAUCCGUUUGACGUUGUGAAGAGUAAGAUGCAGGCAGAUGGGUUUGGGGUGGACCGGAGGGUUGAGGCUGUGCGUAAGAGGCUUGGUGAUAGCGGUUGA